UACAGGAUUUUUUUUCAUGGUCGUAAGCGGUGUGUCGCUUACAUCAAAUUUCUCCCUGGACAACAACAACAACAACAUACUUUUUUUUCAAAAAGAAAAAUGACAGAACAACCGAAACAUAAGCCUCCCCAUGGAAUGGAACCAUACGAUUUAGGUCGUGGAGAUGACUUGGGGGCACUUAGCAAAGAACAACAACAGAAACUGAAUGAUUUCAAGAAAAAGACCAGAGUAGAAAAUGAAAAAUACCUAAGAGACCACCCAGAAGUAGAAUGCUUAUUAUCAGGAUUCCUUGGAGAAGUAUUAAAAGAAAGACCUGAAAACAUAAGAGAUUUUGCUGCAGAUCAUUUUACAAAUACAGAAUUACCAGGACAGUUACAGAAAACAUUAGAGAUUAGACAAGCUAGAAUGAAACAGAAUAGAAUUUUACAGAAAAUAUAAUGGAACUGCUGUUAUUUCAUAUUUAUUGUCAUUGUGUAUAAUGUUGAAUAUUGUAUAAAAGAUUAAACUGUUUUAAGAUAUA